ACCGCCAGUGCGCCACAACAUUCCCUCAAGCGGAGGCUGCAGAUCCACCGACAGAUGAUACGGAUCUGAUAUCGACGAAGCGUUUUAAAGCGUUUCUUCACAACCGACUGCGCUCCGUGUAAGUUAACAGAAGCGCUUAUUUGAUUCUGCAGGAGUAAAGUCCCUUCAUGUGAGACGAAGAGAUGUCGGGUUAGCUUAGCCGCUAGCGCGCUAAUCCUUCAGCACAACUGAUCAAACUCACCGUGAAAGAUGCCCGGGACAGAUGACCCUCGUAAACUCUUCCUCCUGACCACGGCGGGAAACUACUUCAGUCUGGACACACAAGCGUCUCUGUCCAGCUGCCGUCCUCUCGAUAACUUCUUAGAUGAUAGCAAUGAGUUCCUGCUCACCGUCAGCAGAGACACAGACGAGCUGCGCUUCUCCAACAAGCUGGAGAACAUGGACGGCGACGGCAGGGUUCUGCUGUUCUUCAAGCCUCGUCCGUGUGUGGUGAGCGAGGAGAACCUGCACCGAUCCGUCCUGGUGUCCUCCAUGCUGGAGUCUCCCAUCAGCACCCUGUACCAGGCUCUGAAACAGGUCUACGGCCCCGUUCUGCUGCAGGAUGAUAAAUGGAGUCAGUCGUUCGACUCAAAGCUUCAGUCUCUGCUCACGGAUCUUGAGGUCGGGCUGGGCUCUGUGCUCAGACACUCACACCCAAAGGAUUCUGGGGAACGGAGUCAUUCAGAGACGGAUGUGUCGAGUAUCAUGACCCCUCUGGAUGAGUUCGGCUUCUGGGCUGAUGUCAGUCGCUCUGGACAGCAUAGCAGAGACCGAGACAGAGCGGCACACUUCUCUGAACUCUUCACCACCAUUGAGAAGGACUACAGCAAUCUGGACAGUUUCAGUCUGGUGGAGGUACUGGACCUGAUUGAGAGCACCCGUGAGACAGUAGAUGACGUGUGGAAACAGAAUGAGCACGCCCCCUACCCCGAGACACGCAUGGUCCGACUCAUGGAUGUCAUAGGCGGAGCUCUCGGCAGGUUUGUACAAAGGAAGCUGAGCUCCCUGCACUUGUGGGAUGAUCCAUAUUUCACAGUCAGGGAGGGGCUUAAAGGGGGCGUGGCUGCCUGUGAGCAGUGGGUGGCGGUCUGUGAACACCUGACUGGUCAGGUGUGGAAACGCUACUCGCCUCAUCCGUGGAGCGGAGAGAAGCACCGCCCCCAGGGGCUGCAGAGCCUCGCUCAGCGAUUGGAGGAGGUGCUGCAGGUGCGAUCUGUGAGUGAGAAACUGCAGCGUUUAUUAUCCGGAGGGAAGCUGCAGGUUUCACCCGCACGUGUGUAUCAGCCUUUCACAGGGCUCAACCCAAUACACUACAACCCUUAUACUGAGCCCUUAUGGAGAGCUGCAGUGUCUCAGUUUGAUCGACUCAUCGCUCCAGCAGAACAGGAAGCAGCUGGAAAGCUCAAGACCUUCAUAAUAGAUGCACAGGACAGUCCACAGCAGCUGCUGCAGGUGUUUCAGAAACACAGAGAACUGAUCAAACGACCCACAAUCAGCAAAGAACUGCAGCCCGAGAGAGAGACGCUUCUGACACGACUGCUGGACUACAACAAGGGACUGCGGGUGGAUUUUGAGAACCGCUGUCACGGGGCUCCAGGAGAGAAAACCGGUCCUCUAGCGGGACGAAACCUUCCAGAGGUCAUCAACAAUAUUGUGUGGGUCAGACAGCUGCUGCUUAAGGUGGAGGACUCUCUGAAGAUGGCAGACGCGUUGCUCUCCGAUCUGUCUGGGUUUCGGCCGCUGCUCCGUUUCUGUGAUGAGCUUCAGGAGCAGAUGAGAUUGUACGAGCAGGAGCAGUUUGAAGACUGGAGCAGAGAGCUGCUGUCAGGACUGUCUGACCCCAGAUCUGGAAUCAGUCUGCAGGCCAGUAAUCGUGUCAUGGAGUUGGAUCACAUGGACGGUAAACUGAAGAUCCAGUACUCGGACCGGCUGGUGAGUUUACUCCGAGAGGUUCGGCAGCUGUCCGCUCUGGGCUUCAGCAUCCCUGCUAAGAUCCAGCAGGCGGCAAACACCGCCGACAAGUUCUACAGACAGGCCAUCAUCCUCAAACAGGUGGCUCAUUUCUACAACACCAUCGAUCAGCAGAUGAUCCCUUCUCAACGACCCAUGAUGCUCGGCUGUGCUCUGGCCUUUGAACAGGUCAUCAAGAAUCCGCGCUCUCAAUCCCGUGACGAAGGCGGGAAACUCCAGAUCACGUGGGAGAAUCCUAAAGAGCUGGAGAAGUACAUCAGUAAACUGCAGAGCGCCGCGGAGAGACUCUCCACAGAGAACCGCAAACUCAGGAAGUGGCACACCGACUUCACAGACAAGGUGGUGAGUCUGAUGGGAGUGGAUCUCUUGCGUCAGCAGCAGAGGUGGAAAGAUGCUCUUCAGGAUCUCAGGACUGGAUUCGCCACACUAGAGUCUCAGGGGUUCCGUGCAGGAGACAUGAGGGCCUGGCGGCAGCACUGGAACCAUCAGCUGUAUAAAGCUCUGGAGCAUCAGUAUCAGGUGGGACUGGAAGCCCUCAACAAGAACCUGCCGGAGAUCAACAUCGACCUAACAUUUAACAUGGUGUGUUUCUCCAGGCAGGGGCGGCUGCAGUUCCGUCCAGCGUUUGAGGAGGUCAGAGCAAAGUACUACCGCGAGAUGAAAAGGUUCAUCUGCAUCCCGAACCAGUUUAAGGGCGUGAGCGAGACGGGAGAGGAGCCCAUAUUCACCUGCAUGAUCGAACGCAACGCCAGCGGCUUCCUGACCAUCUUCAGCAAAGCCGAACACCUCUUCAGUCGACUCACACACGUGCUGGACAAGUUUCAGGACUGGGUGGUUCUGGGGCAGGUGGAUGUGGAUGUUCUGGUGGAGAAACACCUUCACAGCGUCCAGGACUGGGAGAGGAACUUCAGAGCUCUCAAAGCCAAAGGAAAAGAAGCCGAGCGGCUGCCCAGCACAGAGAAGGUGGACUGCAUCACGGUGAACUGUGAACCUGUCCGAGGGGCUGUGGACGACCUCAUCCAGAGGCUGUUUGACGCUCUGCUGACGUCCCUGAGGAGAUCCAUCCAGGGUCACAUUCAGGUCAUAGACUCUUUCUUAAGCAGUUCGAUGGAGACGUUAUCCUCACGUCCUGAGAGCAUCGAUGAGAUCGGAGAGGCCAAUGCCAAACAUGGCCAGUUACAGACCCAGAAACCCCAGAUACUGCCUCAGUUCCAGCAGGCGGAGGAGAAGAACAGGCUGCUGCGCUCCGUGGCGGGUGGAGGACUGGACUCCAUCAGCUCCCUGAGAGCCAGAUGGGACAAGUUUGAGCUCAUGAUGGAGAGUCAUCAGCUCAUGAUUAAAGAACAGGUGGAGGUGAUGAAGGGGAACGUGGAGUCUCGGGUGCAGGUUUACCUCCAGGACCUGCAGAAGUUCAGAGCUCGCUGGGACCAGCUCAAACCGGGGCAUGACAUCAUCGAGUCAGGUGACCAUGAGACUCUACAGCGCUGCGUCCAGAACAUCCACGACAGACGAGCCGAGUUCAGCGAGCUGGAGAACACGCGCAAGAAACUCAUGGAGGACUGCGAACACUUUAACCUGAGCCCUCCUGACGUGUCUCUGGCGACCGACACGCUGCGGGAUCUGCAGGAGUGUUCAGAGAUGUGGGAACUUUACGAGCAGUUUCAGCAGGGACUGGAUGAACACGCAGAGCAGGACUGGAUCUCCUUCAGGAGUAAGACGCACAUGUUCGAGGAGUUUCUGUUCGCGUGGCACGAGCGUCUGAGGAAGCUGCAGGAGCACAGCAGCAUGUCUGUCAAACUGCAGAAGGAAGUGGACAGAUACAAGGCCGUGGUUCCAGUGUUGAAGUACGUGCGAGGAGAGCAGCUCUCUCAGGAACACUGGCUGGAUCUGUUCCGGCUCGUCUCUCUGCCCAGAGGAACCACACUCGAGAGACUGCAGUUCAGAGACCUGCUGAGAGUCACCGACAACAUCAUCGACAGAGCCCUGGAGCUCAAGGUGCACACACACACACACACACACACACACACACACACACACACACACUCGAGAGACUGCAGUUCAGAGACCUGCUGA